GAAGAAGAGAUAAGUCGGAAGAGGUUUCUGAGUUGUUGUGUGUGGUUUGAAGGACGAGAGAUGUGAUGAAAAUCAAUCAAGAAAUCGAGUAAUUGAAAUAUUUACGAAAAGGAAAGUGUCGGUAAGAAGAAUAAUCCUCCUUUUCCUUAUCCCUGAGAGAUUGAUGAUGGUGAUGAUGAUGGAAGAAGGGCUGCCCCACGACGUGGUAGAGCACAUCUUGGAGAGACUUCCGGUGAGAUCUCUGCUGAGAUUCAAGUCUGUAUCGAAGCAAUGGAAAGCAACGAUCGAAUCACGUCACUUCCAGGAGAGGCAGUCGAAGCAGCAUCAAGAGUCAGGAGGAGAUCCAGAUGUUCUCAUGGUGUCCUCAAGUUGUGACGAAUCUCUAAGAACACUGGUAUUGGGUUCAUCCUCAUCGGUCAAGAUCCCUACUCCUUGGGAUAAUAAGGUCAAGGCAACAGGACGACGCUACUUAGUGUCCGAUAAUAGCUGUGACGGUCUGGUUUGUCUCUACCAUCCCUUGGAAUCCGGUUAUGUUGUCAACCCCGCCACAAGAUGGUAUCGUCCUCUUCCUCUCUCCCGACUUCAACAACUCAUUAUCAGCCAAGGACAGAGUUACGUUAAUACUAAGCACGGCCUCUUUAAGCUUGGAUUCGGUAAAGACAUAAUAAUAGGUACUUACAAGCUUGUUUGGCUGUACAACUCUUCAGAAAUAGACCUUGACAAAAACGCUACCACAUGCGAAGUUUUCGACUUCGUCUCCAAUGCUUGGAGGUAUGUCACUCCCUCUGCUCCUUAUCGGGUUGUUGGGGUCGCCGAUCCCGUGUUUGUAGAUGGUUCGCUUCAUUGGCUCACAGAUUGCGAGGAAACCAAAGUUGUAUCUUUUGAUCUCCACACCGAGGCUUUUCAAGUCAUCUCUUCUAAACCUCCCUUUCCCGCCAAUUCACAUGAUGAUAAUCCUUACGCGAUGGUCUUGUGCAACCUCGACAACCGUUUGUGCGUGUCGCACAUGAAGUCGCCCGACCAAGUGAUAUGGUCCUUGAAUUCAGGCAACAAGACAUGGGAAAAAAUUUACUCCAUCGAUCUGGUUAUGACUUCUAUUUUAUAUGACUGCCCAACAGUGUGCGCCUUCCGUCCACUACUAUUUUUGGAUGCAAAGACCAAUGAUAAGAAGAAGAAGAAGAAGAAUUUGCUCUUUUAUGACAGUGUGAAAAGUGGAUAUCUGUUGAUACAUGACCCCGAAACCCUUCUAGACGAUUUUACUUUCAGGGCUGAUGUUUCCAUGGGAUUUCUUGUUUGUUAUUUCCAGACUUUAAUCUCUAUUUGAUUUCUUUUUUUUUUUUAAUGUAACCCCGUUUCUUUUCUUCCCUUUUGAAUUGAUAUCUUGAACAAAAUUGACUAGCUUUGGGUUGUCUCUCCAGGCUGA